AGGGUUGACACGACAGCUUCAAGCGCACUAUGGCUUCCACGACGCGUGCGCUCCUGUUGGUUACUUUGAGCGUUUGUGCGAUUGGAAGCGCGAACAAAACACCGUACAAAGAACACGUGUUCAGGACAAAGGUGGACCACUUUGCGUACCACAAUGACGAAACUUUCGAGAUGCGGUACAUGGUGGCAGACCAGUACUGGGACCGCAAUGGAGGUCCCAUAUUCCUCUACACCGGAAAUGAAGAUGACAUCGAGAGCUUCAUAACUAACACCGGGCUGAUGUGGGAAUGGGCCCCCGAAUUCAACGCCUUGCUUGUUUUUGCCGAGCACCGCUACUAUGGAAAGUCUAUGCCUUUUGGAAAUCGGUCUUUUGAGAGUCCAUCGAAGCUUGGAUACCUGACGUCUGAACAAGCUCUUGCGGACUACGCCGACCUGCUUCUGCACCUGAAAGCAAAACUGCCAGGAGCAGAAAAGAGUCCAGUCGUGGCCUUUGGCGGGUCUUAUGGAGGCCUUUUGUCUGCAUGGUUUAGAAUCAAAUACCCGCACCUUAUAACAGCUGCUUUGGCCAGCAGCGCUCCCGUCAACAUGUUUCCUGGCCUGGUUCCAUGCUCCACUUACAGCAUAGCGAUAACCGAAGCGUUUCGACGGGUAUCGGAACUCUGCACACAUGCUAUCAGACAGUCGUGGAGUCCUCUAGAAGCCAUGGGAGCUACCGAAAAAGGGACAAAAACACUUCAAGAAAAGUUUAACCUGUGCCAAACCUUGAAUCCCGGCAACUAUACUGUGUUUAGAGACUGGAUUAGGGACACGUACGCUGUACUCGCUCUUGUUAACUACCCUGAACCUGGAUCGCUUAUAACCCCGCUGCCCGGAAGCCCUGUCAAGGCAGUCUGCAAUGCGCUCACCAAAGCCAUAGGAAACAGAAGUGCAAUGGUGGACGCGGUCGCUGCGGCUGUGAACCUUUUUUUCAACAGCACCGGAACCAGGAAAUGCCAUGACGUUUCGAUUUUUCAGUCAGCUGUGCCCAGCUGGAGAUUUCAAGGAUGCACCGAGCUGGUGAUGCCCGUCUGCAGCGACGGCGUCACCGACAUGUUUUACCCGUCCUCCUGGAACCUCACCGAGGUCACCGCAAAAUGUCGGGAAACAUUUGGCGUCACGCCCGACAUUUACAAGAGCGUCAUGUUGUAUGGCGGAGGUCAUUUGGCGAGGGCGACGAACAUCGUCUUUAGCAACGGCGACGUGGAUCCUUGGGCCUCGGUCGGUCUCCUCGAACCCCCGUCAGACUCCGUCGUCGUCAUCAUCAUUCCUGACGCCGCCCAUCACCAAGAUCUGAGGUUCUCAACUCCGCUGGACAGCGAGGCGCUCACUGCGGCUAGACGUGUCGAGAAGAACUACAUUCGAAAGUGGAUUGAUGAGUCGCUGCCCGUCCCCGAGAAGACACCACGCGUGGUUGCUAAGAAGCGCGCCUCCAGCGUGCUGUUCAAGUUUUCGUUUUGACCGUGGCUUUUACUAUGAGAGCGUUGAAAUGGCACCUACCGUAAACAGAGGUUUUUUUUCUUUUUUACUAUUGUCACAGUCAUCUUAAAGAAAGUAGGGCAUGGCAAAUCCGGAUAAUCUUUUGUUAUCGCUCCCGAACCGAUGAGACUGCUUCAUUAGCCGAUAAGAACGGCGGAGAACCAUUCACAAAGCAAGGCGCUUGUACAUAAUAUGCCACACCCUGUCUUUGUUAAGUUGUCUCCAACCAAGUGUCUGGUGUCCGGACUCAUAUUAGGAAACGACGUAGUAAUAAUAAUAAAAAUUAAAAAAAAACACUGAAGCAACAUUCAUUCUCAUGGAUAUAAAAUUGAACAGAAAGAUAUACUUGGGUCGAAGCCAAGUAGACAAAGAGGGAAGCACCUAGAUGGCGAUUAUUAAAAUGGUCUAAAGUCACCGACACCUUAAGAAAUGCAGUGUGUCGCGAACCCCUAGCAUGGAGUUUAAGCAUUAAAAAAAAUGGUGUUUCGCAAUUUUUUGCAAAAGUGGUGCACGUUACUAUGGUAUGUUCCUUAGUGGCUUGAAUACAUCGAAGCCACGACGAGAAGCAACUGAGCUGGUGUGUUUGGGACAUGUUUACGAUACUAGAAAACUGUAGUACCGGACGACGUUCCAAGCGCAGUUUGAAAUAUUUAUUUCUACUCAUUCUAGCACAAUGUAUGCAGACACAUUUUUACGUCAUAGUGAC